AGAAAAAAUACAAGAUUAAGCAAGUGAAUUUCGAUAAGAAAAUUAAGCUUUGGCGGUGGUCGUGCAAAAGCGGUGUGGACCUUAAAAAUUAAAAAUGGAAGGAAAAUUCCAAAAACGCCCAGGAGGUCAUUGUAGAUGAAAAAGGAUCCCUAAUCCAAACUGUUUCCCAUUACUGUGGGACUCCAUCGACAGGGAGCAAUACCAGAACAUGGCAAUACCGCAGAAUAUUUUUAUCCCACUGGAAAGGAACACGCCGAGUGCGACUUCGCUCCCUACAUCGACAUCCUGCCGGGCGUGUCCUUGCAAGAAAAAGCUCUCCAUUGGGGAACUACUGGACCCCACUUCCACCAGCUACUUUGCAGCUAACGCAGUGAUGGAGGACGCGCUGGCUUCGAAAGGGAGGUGGAAAAACCAACCCCGAUCUCAAUCAAGCUCCCACUUCCUCAAGGUCCAAUAUCCCUAUUGGGAUUCGGAGACGGAAUUCAGAUGGCGCGGGAAAGAUGGGGAAGCAUCAGUGGGACAAAGAAGCUUUUAACUACUAAUUUACAUAAAUAAAACAUUCGGUGAACAUUCCA